CAGGAAAGAAGGGUGAGCGAGCCAGGGAGCGCUCUCUACCAGUGGGGGCGGGAGGCAGCUGGGUCCCCAGGGCCAAGAAAGGGGCCUGAGGAGGCGGUGCGGGCCCCGCCCCCUCCCCUCGCGGGCGCGGGCGCGAGACGUUGCGCGGCAGCAGCGGCGGGCGCGAGCGGCAGCUGUCAGGCCGCGGAGGUCGGAGCUGCACUUGCAGCCCCACUGAGGACGAGGAGGCAGCAGAAGCAGUGACGGUGUCGCUGAGCUGCCGGGCUGCCUGCACGCAGAGCUAACUGCCUGGCGCCCGCGGCUGUCUCCCAUCUCUGAUCCUUUGUGUCAGAAUAGAAAAAGAAAGAAUAAAACAACAACAAGAAAAAGACCAGAUUGUGACAAAGACGCACUUGGGUAGGUUUAUAUUUUACACUCAACUGGACUCUCUUGUUUACAAACUCCUCCCCGUCUGGUGCUACAACGAUGAGUGGGAAAUCCCUGCUUUUAAAGGUCAUUCUCUUGGGUGAUGGUGGAGUUGGGAAAAGCUCACUUAUGAACCGUUAUGUAACCAAUAAAUUUGACUCCCAGGCUUUUCACACCAUAGGGGUAGAGUUCUUAAAUCGAGAUCUGGAGGUAGAUGGACGUUUUGUAACUCUCCAGAUCUGGGACACUGCAGGGCAGGAACGUUUCAAGAGCCUUAGGACACCCUUCUACAGGGGAGCAGACUGCUGCCUCUUGACCUUCAGCGUGGAUGACAGGCAGAGCUUCGAGAACCUUGGUAACUGGCAGAAAGAAUUCAUCUACUAUGCAGAUGUGAAAGACCCUGAGCACUUCCCCUUUGUAGUUCUGGGUAACAAGGUAGACAAAGAGGAUAGGCAAGUGACUACUGAGGAGGCACAAGCCUGGUGCAUGGAGAAUGGGGAUUACCCUUAUCUAGAAACAAGUGCCAAAGAUGAUACUAAUGUGACAGUGGCCUUUGAAGAAGCUGUCAGACAGGUGUUGGCUGUAGAGGAACAGCUAGAGCAUUGCAUGUUAGGUCACACUAUUGACUUGAACAGUGGCUCCAAAGCAGGAUCUUCAUGUUGUUAAAAGUAAGAAGCCUUUUAAAAGUGUGCCCCAAGUUGAUCACUCAGUAAUAUAAGAAUAACUGUGCCCCUCUAAGAGUGCACAAACAAAAAAAGGGUAAGAGUUAAGGUUGUAAUUGUUAAUCAGACAGAGGCUUUCAAACUGAAGUUGUAGAGCAGUAUUUUUAAAAGUGCUUUAUUAAGCCAAGUGUAUUUUGAGUGAUUUCUGCUAUUUCCUUCUUGUGUGUAUCAGGACAUUUCAGAAAGCUUUAGUCCUGAGAGAUGUAAAUGUUUUUUCAAAUCACAGUUUAAACUUAGAACCCAGCCGCAUGAAGGAAUUAAAGAACUACAGCUAUCCCUUAAAGCGUUCCGUUAAUCAACUAACAAAUGUCACCAUCGACUCUUGCCAAGCAGUUUCUGACAUGUCUGCCAAAGGGAAGGUGGGGAAUAAAACUCCGAGCUGGAUUACAAUAAAAAUAAUAAUACAAACAUGGAUGUUCUAAACUCAAAUUAUAAAGAGGUUGUAAUGAGUAGGAAUGCAAAAAGUGUAAUGAUGUACACUGCCUUGUUUAAAUCCUUAUGUAUGGUUUGCUCCCAUCUGAGCUUUUCAAAAAAUACCAUCUCAAUAAGCGAUACACUAAUGACACUGAAAAUUAAUCAUACUCCUUGUGUUUGAAAUAACAGGGUACUAGGGAAUGGAUUAUGCUUAAAUAUGCCAACCACCCUUGCAAAUAAAUGGCUGGUCUGCUUUUACUUCAUAAGUCUGCUUUUGCUGCAUAGGGAUGUUGCUUCUUUGACAACCUCUUUUCAAUUUAGCAAUGCUGCUUAAUAUAUGGCUUUGGAUACAGUGCUCUCUGCUCGUAAUUUGAUGGUCCUUUGGUCCACCAUGCUGUGCUCUCAGAGAAGCCUUCAGAAAAGAUUGGGGGAUAAUGGGCUUUUCUCACAAGGUUCCUUAACUCACAUAUUUAUUGUAGAAGAAGAAACUGAUUUCUUGUAUGUUGUACUGUAUGUUCAGCCAAAUUAGGACAUUGAAAGUGACAAGAGAGCAGACUUUAACACAGUGUUAGAACGAAUGUCUCAUAAUUAGAUUUGUCCAACAGUAGAAUGGACUGCCUUAAUAGUGAACUCCCUUCCAGUAAAAAUAUUCAAGAAGAUGCUGGAUGACCAUCUUUAAAUACCAUUAAAAAAAAUUCUGUUCUGGCUAGAUGUUUGGUUUAAAGUCCCUUCCAACUCAAAGUUCUAUAAAUCUAUAAGCUACAAACUACGUUUCAGUGCCAUGUUAUAGUUAGAUGUAUCUUAAGACAACAGCUAAGACUAUGGAGAGGGACUUUAAAAAGGCCCAAACUAUUCUGGGAUCAGCAUUUAACAGCAAGUACAUAGCUCAGUCUUUUGCUUUUGCACUAUGGCAGGAGAAAUUCUUGAGAUCUGAGUAAUCAUUAUGUGCCCUGAUAUAAACAUCCUAAAGAUACCAUCUUAAAAUACAAAAGUGGGGGCGGCCGGUUAACUCAGUUGGUUAGAGCGCAGUGCUCUUAACAACAAGGUUGCCGGUUCGACCCCCACAUGGGCCACUGUGAGCUGCGCCCUCCACAACUAGAUUGAAACAACUACUUGACUUGGAGCUGAUGGGUCCUGGAAAAACACACUUAAAAUAAAAUUUUUAAAAAAUACAAAAGUGGUUUGUCAAAUUUUGAUUACCAUGACUGCCUGUUAUCUACAUGCAGUCUAGUUUUUGUCAGUUGACCUGUUUGUCCUGCAUUGCUUUUAAUCUGUACUUUUAAAACAUCUAUGAUUAAAAAUAGUGACCCAAGUUAGUGAGGGACAGUUAGAAAUGAUCCCCCAAAGAGACCUGGGCCAGGGAGGGAAGGAUGGGAGCUUUCAAAGGAAUAGAGCCUAGAACUCUCCAUUGUAGCCACAUAUGGAAUCAGCCUUACACAUGGGACCUUAUGUGCUUUAAGAGCUCUGGGACUUUUUGGCCACAUAGACAAUUGGAAGACAGUGUUCCAACCCAGUCAUACUCGAUAUUUCCAAUUUAAAUAUAGUCCUGACCCCAUUGUCCAACUAGCUUUGAUGACAGAAGUCGAAGCCAGAACUGGGACCCCACAGCUCUUAAGUAUUGGUCCCUGUCCUGCCUAUGCCUAUAGCCAGCCACACUGGUUUCCAGGUUUUGUGAUCAUUUUGCUAUAAUCAUGUUAGGGUGAAAGUCUGUUAUAUCAGCACUGUUAAAUGCUAAUUGUUUUUAAGUGCAUGAGACCCGGGGCUUUCUCUUUCUACUUGCACUCUGCUUAUGAUAGUUUCAAUUCGUAGAUCUCAGGCCUUCAUAAAGACCUCCAUCCACUCACAGAAGUACUUGUCUCUAUUAGAAUGGCAUGUUGUCAUUUAAGUAAAAAAAAUUACAUGGGUAUCCCAUUCAUAGGCCUCCUGUCCAUCCAAGACAAGUGUUAAUUUUACUGGCAGGUCAACUGAAGCCCGUUUUCUCUUAGCCAUACUAAUUUUUUUUCUGCCAAAUCACUACACAGUAUCUUAAUGAAAGCACUUAACAUUAAGUAACAAAAACAGUAGCAUUUUGGUGAAUAACACUCAGUGGAAUGCUGAUGUAUAAUUUGGGUGAGAUUAAAACACACCAAAGGCUGAAAUCUGUGAGUACCAGGAACUGUGCAUAUAGGCUUAGAAAUUGUGUACCCUAGAAUGUGCAGAACAGUCGUUUCAGUAGGUUUAUUCAUGAACACUAGAUUUUUUUGAAUAAGCUAUUUUUAAUUGGAACUAUACUGUUUUUCAAUGGUCUAUUAAAACAUCAUACAGAAUAUUUAUUUAGCUUCUUUUCAUACAUUGGGUUAACAUUCAGGGGUCCUCAGGUUCCAUAUGUCUUCAGUGGAAUGAUAAGUUUCAGGUUAAUUUGUGCCUGCCCCAGCCAUCUCUACUUUACCCUGAGGUUUUCCAGAAUCCUCUUGUUGCAGGUGCUGCUAAAAACUCAAAAUUGUGUAUCAGAUAUUUUGUUUCAACUGUAAAAAGUCAUCUGUGUUGAAGUAAAUAAAAAGUGCAUUUUGA